UGGCCGAGCCGGGAUUCGAACCCGUGACCUCCGACGCCGAAGCCCGGGCUCUUUCCACCGAGCCGCGCCGAGGCCGCCGCAGAUACGGGCGGAAUACUAAAAAAAAAAAAAAAAUCCAUCUGAAAUUUCGGCCUUUCCGUAUUUGCCGAGCUCGGCACGCGCUUCGGUCGCCGGACAGGGUCUCGAAGCCCGUCACCGGGCGCUCCGAGCGCUCAGGGCGGCGCGCCGCGCGUAGUAAGCGCUCACUGGAUACUACUGAAUGAAUCAGAUGCCCGACCCCUCCUCCGAACGCCGUUUUGGGCCUCGACUCGGUGUUUCAGAGGGUGCCUUUCCUCAUCCCGGCACGUCUCCGACUCCCACCGCGGUUUCUGUGAAUCGAACACGGGACCGAACGGCUCUUUUCCCCGCCGUUCCCGGCCGGGAGGCGCCGUGCGUCCGACCCCCUCCUCCGCCGUCCCGCCGUAACUUAACGUUUCCUUCCUUCUCCGGCGUCGCGGCCGCUCAGGGGAUUUCACUGCAGGAGUUCGACAGGUUGUCCUUCGACGUGAUGUUGAUGAGCCCCCCGUGCCAGCCGUUCACCAGAACCGGCCUUCGGGGCGACGCGGCCGACGGGAGAACGAAGAGCUUUCUGUAUCUCCUGCGGAUCCUACCCAGGCUCCGGAAACCGCCCCGGUAUAUUCUUUUGGAAAACGUCAAAGGAUUUGAAGGCUCCGCCACCAGAGACCUCUUGGUGCAGACAAUAGAGAAGUGUGGAUUUCAAUAUCAAGAAUUUUUAUUGUCGCCGACCUCUCUCGGCAUACCGAAUUCAAGACUGCGAUAUUUCCUGAUUGCAAAGCUUCAGUCCAGCCCGUUCCCUUUCCAGGUCCGGGGACAGAUACUAACGGAAUUCCCCGAGCCCGGAUCGGGAAAUUCGCCACGGCGUGAAGUCGCAGUCGCCGGGGGAAGCGAGAGGGCCGCGGAGCCCGGGAAAGAGGAGAACACGGAGCCGAGAUGUCGUUCGGCCGACGGCACGCCGCGCCCGGGAAGAGAGGCCGUUCUUUUUAAACUUGAAACGGCGGAAGAAAUGCAGAGAAAGCGGCAGCGGGACGGCGAUCUCUCCGUCGAGAUGCUGAGAGGUUUCCUGGAGGAGGACAGUGGUCCGAGCCGGUACUUCCUGCCGCCAAAACCGUUACUGCGCUACGGCCUCCUGUUGGACGUCGUCAAGCCCACCUGCCGGCGGUCUACGUGCUUCACUAAAGGGUACGGAAGCUACGUAGAAGGGACGGGAUCCGUGCUGCAGACCGCCGAGGAGGUGCAGAUCGAAGAUGUCUACGAGGCCCUGGAAACGCUGCCGGAAGAGGAGAAGCUGAGAAAGCUGGCAACUCUAAAACUACGAUAUUUCACCCCCAGGGAAAUAGCCAAUCUUCACGGAUUCCCCCCCGAGUUCGGAUUUCCUGAGCAGAUAUCGACGAAACAGCGAUACCGCCUGCUCGGGAACAGCCUGAACGUACUGGUGGUGGCCAAACUGAUCGCAAUCCUUCUGGGGUCAUCUGGAAAUGACUCAGGGUGAUGGACGGGAUGACUGCCUUCUGAGUUCGGCGGAAGAUUUUCGGGGGAUACGGCUUUCACGGGACGGAGACGUUCCCGUUGCGACGAUUUGGAAUCUGUAGAGUCACCGUACAUCCGACUGUGUCAGUCUCCCUCCUCUUGUCCCUCAGUGACGUUUCACCUUAUCGAUCGCAGACUCCGGGGCUGUCGAUAUUUACCGGUCAAUGCGCCAGAUCUCACGGAGAGCUUUUUGCCUUGAUGAAAUAGGUCGAAAGUGCGGAGGCUGUCACGCAGUUAGAACUGUUAAUCCUUCAAAAUCCCAAUAGAGGCUGCCCGCCUGAAUUUUCCGGCAAGGUCUCGGGAAAGAGGCUGCUUUUCUUCCACUUGUAACUUAGAUGACUUUCAAAGGGCAAACGUUUUUAUAAAUAAAGACAGGUUAUUUUUAAAUA